CCUGACCCAAUCCAAUGUCCAUCCGAAGAAGCCGUUGUGCAGUGUCCAUUUUGCUUGAAUGUUUUUAAGAAUUUAGAUAUGUACACCAAACACGUCGAACGCCACCAUACUCCUUGUACUUGCAACGAAUGCGGCAAGGUAUUAGCUUCGAAAAUUUCCCUCAACGGCCAUAUGUACGGCGUACACAGAAAGGAAUUGUUCGCUUGUACCUCAUGCGACAAGCAUUUCAAGCGGAAACAAGACCUGGCUGUUCAUUUGAGGAUGCAUUCCGGUGAACGACCUUACGCUUGCGAACUGUGCUCUAAACGUUUUAUAAAUUCGUCAAAUUUGAAAACACACAAAUGCUGCCAAACAUCGAAGAAAUCGUCGGAAUCUAAAGCCUCAACCAAGAAAUCUGAACCACCCGAAGCGACUAUUAUACAGUGUCAAUUUUGUUCGAAUUAUUUCAGGAACUCAGAAAUGCUUACGAAGCACAUCGAGCGUUCUCAUACUCCUUGUACCUGUGACCAAUGCGGAAAAGUAUUGAAUUCACGGCAUUCCCUCAACGCCCAUCUGAACAGCAUACAUCGAAAAGAAGAAGAAAUGUUUUCUUGCACCGUUUGCGAUAAGCGUUUCACGAGGAAACCGGAUCUUAACGUCCAUUUGAGGGUGCACACCGGCGAGAGGCCAUUUGCUUGCGAAGUGUGCUCCAAGCGCUUCAUUAACUCCUCAAAUUUAAAAUCGCACAAAUGCAGCGUGUUGCAAGAGCCUGACCCGUCUGGUACAUCGGAAGAAAGUAAUGCGCAGUGUCCGCUUUGCGCGAACGUUUUCAAGACAAAAGAAAUGCUCACCAAACAUGUCGAACUUCGUCAUACUCCAUGUACUUGUAAAGAAUGUGGCAAGGUAUUGAACUCAAAAAAUUCCCUGAAUGGUCAUAUGAACAGCGUACACAGAAAAGAGCUAUUCGCUUGUUCCUUAUGUGACAAAAGUUACCGGCGAAAUUCGGAUCUUACUGUACAUCUGAGAUCGCACUCCGGCGAGAGAAAAUAUGUCUGUGAAGUGUGCUCUAAGAGCUUCAUGCACUUAUCGAGUUUAAAAACACAUUUUUGCAGUGAGAAUUCUACCAGCGCUGUUCAGGAAGUUGAUAAAGAGUACACUUGUCCGUUUUGUUCAAAAGUAUACGAGUCCAAAGACACGAUCAAAUCCCACAUAGCAAGCGACCACAAUUCGCAUAUUUGCGAAAAAUGUGGCAAGAAAUUUGCUUCGAUCAACCGGCUCAGAGGGCAUGUGAAGCGCGUACACGACAGAGUCAAACAGUUUGUUUGUAAACUUUGUGACCGUCGUUUUUCCGAAAAGAGAUACUUCAACAGUCAUCUGAGGAAACACACAGGUGAAAGACCGUACGUUUGCGGCAGAUGUGGACAGACGUUUGCAUGUGAAACAGUACUCAAGGGGCAUAUCAAGUUUGUGCAUGAAGGAGUUAAGCCGUACUCCUGUACGUUCUGUCAGCGUCGUUUCCCCACCAAACAUAGACUUUCACGUCAUUUGAUAACCCACACAGGCGACAGGCCGUAUGCUUGUAACAGGUGUGGCGAAGCGUUUAACUGCGAAUCUACACUCAGAGGCCACGUCAAGUAUGUGCAUGAAGGAAUAAAGCCAUUCCCUUGUACGUUUUGUCAGUGUCGUUUCCCUACCAAAUUCAGACUUGUGCGGCACUUAAGAACUCACACAGGUGACAGGCAGUAUACAUGUACUGUGUGCUCUAAGCACUUUAACACUGACACAGAGUUGCAACAUCAUAAAUGCAGUGAAAAGGCAAGCGACUAGUGUAAGUACAGGAUGCAAGAUGAGUUUUCAAACAAAAAACAAUGUGAUCUCUGCUUCUUUUCCUUUUCCUCAUUUUUUCCUCCAAGCCUGAGGCCGUUGCCUUCCCCUGGAUUUGUGCCUAUUCAUAAGUUUAAGAUUGAUUUUGAUUCCAAUGUAAAAAACUAACAGUAGCUCUGCUCGGAUGGCCCACUGCGGUGAGAGCCACCUAUGAGAGAAUAGCAUAACUGCCGUUUUGCUGAUAUUUGCCUAAAGUGCUGCAACCAGCAUUGCGCGAACAAGGUUUGUGAGUUGCAGGCUCCUAUGAUAACAUUAGCCCAGGUAGUAUCUUCGCACCUGCAUGCUGCCAAUCCCAAAGCGUCGAAAAUUGUUUAAACAAUUUGUCUGGAACAAUAACAAAAUCCUAAAGCAUUUCAGAGGGUACUGCUGUUGUAUUGUUUUUUAAUUGCAAGCUAACAUUUUGGAUCCAAAAUGAUGGAUGUUACAGAAUAGCGAUUUAUCACUUCCAUAGUAAUCGCUAUGAUAUGGGCAUCAAAUGAAAGAGAUUGAUGAGAGGGACAUAAUAAACAAGGUGACGUCAUUUUAAAUCCAAUAGGGCGAUCGCCGCAAAAUGCGUUCAUUUUAUUAACAGCUAAAUAAAAGCUUGUUUUCAAAAGUGUAUUUUUUUGUUUUAUUUAUUGUUGUUGUAUUUAUUCUGCGUGAGUGCAAGAGUGAUGUAGCUAGGAAUGCUAUUUUUGGAAUUUGUUUGGAAAAAUGCUCAAACAAUUUUUGACGUAAAUUUGGGCCUGGUACACGGAGAUUCGUUAAAUAAACUGAAUCAGAAUAUGUUUCUGAGCAGAUGCGGGUAUCUUCCUGGGUUACACAAGAAACGGCAAUUUGAUAUGAGAAAUUGCAGACUGAUAGUUAUAAGGGUUAAUCGUCAAGGAAUCUGUUUUUGUAAGAAUUUAUAGCCAGUUUGAACAAACGAG